AUGGCUCAAAAACGGAGCGAAUCAAAAAAAGAAAAGGAAAGAAACCGCGUGUUAAACUAUGGAUGGAACAUUUUCGGUCAGGACGCGAUCUACCGUGGCUAUGAGAAAAGGCUCAAAACACUGCAAACGACUCCCGAGUCAGCUGCGAAAGCGGAAGAAGACUAUGACGGUCUUCUCGAUUAUGGCAGCAAUUCGCAUCUUUCCAAAGAAACGAUCGACCGCUUGGUGGAGGGGCAGAAGAAGCAAGACGAGAAACACAGCCAGUUCAGCAAACGACGCACCUUCUACAACCAGGAAACGGUGGAUUACAUCAACGAGCGAAAUCGGAACUUCAACAAGAAGCUGGGUCGCUACUACGACCGUUUCACCCAGGAUACGCGAGCGAAUCUGGAGCGAGGAACAGGAUUGUGA